AGUUACGUAACUAAAUUAAAUGGAAUAUUGGGAAUAUCAAUUUGUGCUUUUAUAAUGGUAUUGUUUAUUUGAAAUAGUUAUAAGCGGUGGUACAAGGACAAUGGCGGCUAUUCCGAGUAGCCAAUUUGGUAAAAAGCGCGAGCUGCCGAAACUGAUGGCAUGUAUGACUAAAAAUAGUGUAGAAAAUAUGAGGAACAAGUUGAUUUAUGCCAUGGAUGCGCUGGACUCGAAGGCAGUAAGGAGGCGUAACUUGCCGCUACACGAAUGCCUGAUUUUGGAGCUGAGAGAGGCAGGAUAUCGCGAGGCUUCCGAUUACAUACAAGACCUUCUGUACGAUAACAUGCAAUUAGUCAUGGAGGAUGAUAUCGGGAUUAUAAUCGAUCUUACAAAGAGACCCGAUUAUCUGGAACAUAUUUGUGGCGAGCUACAGAAAGCUGAAAAAGAACGGGAUAGAGGUAACACCAAAAGUGAAGCCCUGUAUUUAUUGGGGCUAGCAUUGUGCUACGCUGAAAGGGGAAAGGGAAUACUUUGGUUGGCUGAAAAAUUCUACAUGGCAUCUAUUGCUGUGGCCAGCCAGUAUUUGGUUGACGGCGGACGGCAAAAAGGAUGCUGCAAGUACCAUUACGCGAAAUUUUUGCUUGACAAGUUUCCAGGAGUUGAUCAAGAUGAGCCUUUCCAAAUGUUGACUCAAGUUCGGGAUUCUGCUAUUGGAAAGCCAUGGCUCCUUUACGAGCCCGCAGAAGGCGAUCAGAAAGAACCACCAAAUGAGACACUGUUUAAAGCAACAGCACUGCAACUGCACAGAGUUUUGAUCAGCCAAGCACGAACAAUUCGCAAGCAAGAUCCGAGCAAGGCAGAACGGCUAGCUCGCUUGGCUGAAAGACGCGCAGUAGACGCUGGAGAAACGAUUAGAACUGCGGACGCCAUAAUCGAAAUUGGAAUCUGUCAGUUGGCUAUCAACAACCUGAACAACGCCCAGAAGACGUUCGACCGUGCGUACAAGAUACACGCCGAGAGCUACAACAUCGAGGGCAUAUGCGAUUGUAAGAUGCACAUGGCGGCUGUUAUGCAAAAACUAGGCGAUCACGAAAAGGCAGCCAAGCUGUUGACAGAGAUGGGCAGUUUGGCGAUGGAGCACGGCCUCAGGCUGCAGCUCGGCCGCGCGCUGCAUCUCAUAGGAGAGCUGCAUCUCAGGCGGGAACGACCCGAACUGGGCACCCAACACUUGAAGGAAGCUUUCGCCUGCUUUAUGGGAUUCAAUUGGCAAUAUCCGGGUGCACAGGCAUCGAUGGAUAUUGGUAAUGUUGGAAGUGAGUUGGGCAUCAUAUUUGACAACAAAACAGAGGUUUAUGAGGAGGAAGCGGAACAAUCGAGGUUAAUGAUGGCGAUAUCUUCAGGUCAAGAGAAAAUGGCGUCAUAUUUCGGUAUGCUGAAGGAAGCCAAGGAUUGCACGAUAGCUACAAUGAAGAUUAUUGAAUGGAAGCUGUCUCUUGCUCCUUGGUGGAUAAAGAGAAUUCAUCAUAACUUCUUGCCCUGUCCGUGCGCACAGCAUCGACGAACACCAUUGGAUGUGUUAAGAACAAAGUUGGAGUUAGAACGGAAACAAAUGGAGAUGCAAGCAAGAGAGGAAAAUUUGCAGAGAAGUGAAAGUGUUCAGCAAGAGACAAGUGAAAAUGCUUUAUAGAGCAAAAAAUACUUGUCUCCUAAGGCACAUCAGGCUGUAAUAAGAAACUCCCUGAUGCCUCGCCGCUCACGUCCUGCUCACGUCUCCUGCAUCACACUGUUUAUCGGUAAAUGCCAUGAAAUGGCAUUUGUGAUAUUAAGAAACCAACUACUAUUGUUUUAAAAGGGACCUUGUCCUUCAGCAUACGUGGAAUGGGUGCCAAGCAUGUCUCGUUCUCAUUCAUGAGCACGACGAAUCAAUCAAUGGCAUUUAUAUUCCUAAAACCUAUAAGUAGCAGUGAUAUUAAAAUGCAAUAGUUACAAUGCGCACAAUUUCUCUGUAAGUACUCCU